AUGGCGUCUCCUCCGGUCCUGUCCAUGCCCCGGAGGGACCCAGUGCUCACGGGACAGACAUGGGAAAUCCAAGGAACCUCCUUUACCCCCACUUCCUUUUUCCUUUCCCAAUACCUCCCUGCAUCCCCACCUGUAAGGGAGAACUAUGUCACCAUUCUUGUCAUGGGUCCUGUUCCAUGUGAGAACUUCAAGAAGUUAGACCCAUGGCACCAACAUGUCUUGGCCCAGAGCUUGGUAUGUGGCAAGACAAAAGUGGUACCGUGGAGACCCUUCAAGAAAUCCUCGACAGGAGUUAAAUCUGAUCAGCCCCAAGCCUGUUGCCCCUUACACCUUCUUGCACCCUUUGAAGGUGGGCUCCAAAACAAGCACGAGGUCUGGAGGGUCAAGUUCACGCUGACCAAUAUUCACAAGGCCACUCGGGAGUUGCUAAUGCUGGAUGAGAAGGACCCACGGUGUCUCUUCAAAGGCAACACCCUGCUGCAGCGGCUGGUCUGCAUUAGCAUGCUGGACCAGGGCAAGAUGAAGCUGGGUUACAUUUUGGGCUUCAAGAUCAAGGAUUUCUUGGAGCGGCGCCUGCAGACGCAGGUCUUCAAGCUGGGCCUGGCCAAGUCCAUCCACCAUGCUUGCGUGCUCAUCCACCAGCGCCCCAUCAGUGUCCUAAAGCAGGUGUUAAACAUUCCCUUCUUUAUUGUCUGCCUAAAUUUGCAGAAGCACAUCAACUUCUCGCUCCACUCCCUGUACGGUGGAUGCCUGGGCCGCGUCAAGAGGAAGAACCCAAGAAGGGCCAGGGAGGAAGAAGAAGAAGAAGAAGAAGAAGAAGAAGAAGAAGAA